AUGGAGGAUUCCAUUGAGGUGAUUCUUCAGGAGCACAGCAGCCCCCCCCCCCCCCCCCCCCCCAACAUUGUGCUCACGGCCUGCACAGGUGCUCUGCUCACCGGCCUGUAUGGAGUCUGGAAUCUCUUUGCGUUGCUCGGCUUUCGUCAAAUCCCCUGGAGACUCAAGUUUUGUAAUGUCCCUUACUUGCCCUCCAGCAAAGAUCAGACACUGAACAUUAUGAAGCUGCUUGAGGGACGAACGGGUCGCUUUGCAGAUCUGGGAUCAGGAGACGGACGAUUGGUUAGUGAUCUGCAUUGUCUGAAUAAUAUUUGUAUCAUGCUGGAGUUUGAAUAUGACUUUUUGAUGUUUGCAGCCUGUUCUGCCGGCUUCCAGUGCAAAGGCUUUGAGAUUAACUCCAUAUCAGUGGCGUAUGCCAGGAGCAAGGCCCGCUGGACCGGAGUGCCCCCCCCCCCAAGCAACCUUUGUUAACUUAACAAAGACUUCUGGAAGACUGAUUCGUCCUUGUACAACAAUGUGACAGCUUGCCUUGCUCCAGCAGUGAUGGGGGAUCUGGGGGAGAAGCUGUUGAAAGAGCUUGCGGAUGACGGGCGUGACAUCGCUUGUAGUUUUCCUUUCCCCAACUGGACUCAUCGAUCGUCUGUUGGCUCCGGGCUCAACAAGGGUUUUUCAAAUGACAUGGGCACAGUGCGCUCACACCUGAGAAACGUACCAGACACAGCGGUGUGA